UUCAAGAACUUGCCAUAAACUUGACCUCAAAGUUAGUAAUAAAAAAUUCAUAUAUUUUGGUCCACUGUUAACAUCUUCUUCUUCAAUUUUUCAUUUUCUUCUUCUUCUAUAUUUCACAAUUCACUCCCUUUGUGAUAAUCUCUUACACUUCUCCUAAAAUGUCGGACAGAGUCUUCCCUUCUUCCAAACCCGCCGUGAAUGGCGGAACCGCCCACAACGCCGCCACUACUACUCCUACUCCAGCAACUACUACUCCAGUUCCAAAUCCACCGCCAGCUUCCACCAAAUCACAUCUCUAUAACCCAACUUCCCGCCCGCCUUACCGUCCUCAGCCGCGCCGCCGUCGCACUCGUAGCGGAAGAAAACUCUGCUGCUGCUGCUGCUUCUGGAGCUUACUCAUCCUCCUCUUCCUUAUCCUAAUGGCCGCAAUCGCCGGGGCUGCUCUCUACAUUCUCUACCGUCCCCACCGCCCGGAUUUCUCAAUUCCGUCGUUCCGCCUUCACCGGCUUAAUCUGACAACAUCGGCGGAUUCCUCCUCUUCACACGUGGCAUCUCUGUUUAACUUCACCGUCAUCUCCAAGAACCCGAAUUCUCAUCUAAAUUUAUUCUACGACCCGUUUACAAUCUCCUCAUUUUCAAGCGACGGCGAUGUGUUUCUCGGGAACGGGACAUUACCGGCUCAUAACCUCAGCAAGAAAAACCAGACUAGUUUCCGAAACGUCAUCGUUUCCGGGUCGAACGAUCUCGAUGCCGACUCAGUAAACGCGUUGAGAUCUGAUCUGAAGAAAAAGAACGGUGCCGUGACGUUGAAGAUUCAGUUGGAUACCAAAGUGAAAGUGAAAAUGGGCGGAUUAAAGACGAAGAAGGUCGGAAUUAGAGUUACUUGCGACGGAAUUAAAGGCACCCUACCUAAAGGUAAGUCACCUACGGUGGCGGUCACUAGUGGCUCUAAGUGUAAGGUUGACCUGAGAAUCAAGAUCUGGAAAUGGACUUUCUGAUCUGUUUCAUUACUGUUUUUUUUUUAAUUUUGGUUUUGUGAAUUUUUAAUGAGUAUUAAUUAACUUGCAAUUAUGGAUUGGGGAAACAGGGUAAUUGAGAUUUGUUCUGGUAUUAGAUUAAGGAAAAAAUUGUUUGAAAUCGAGAUUAUUUUUACUACAUUAUGAUAUACUUUUUUUGUUUC